AUGGAUGUCGACAUUGAGUUGCCCGACGCAGACACGGCCUUGGUGUGCGGCGAGGAGCCGAUGAUGCCCACCGACAAGCGUCUCGGCGGCAGAGACCAAUAUCAUCGGGCCCCCUCGUGUCUCUUGCGUGACCACGACACGCUCGACGGCCGCGUGAAGUUGGAGAAUCCCGACAGCGUCAAGGCGGAGGGUCAUGAGUGUCAGGAGGAGGCGACCGCAGGAACCGAGGCCAGCAUGGGGCAGGAGGAUCACGGCACUGGGGGAGAUGAACGGCAGAGGUUGUAUCGGCAGGCCGCCGUGGAGCUCUACACCAAGCUUGCCAAAAUGAUGAGCCGCACGUCAGUUGUUCCACCGCCUUUACCAGACGCAGAGCCUGAGAAUGCCACGGCCGAAGCAGUCGAGGCCCCACCAGAGGGCCAAGGCGAUGGGGAAGCUGCCGAAGGAGAUGCGGAUGCAGGAGGAGCACCCGAAGGAGAGGUCGGCGCUGUCGACGACGGCGGGGACGUGGAGAAAGACUUGGAGCUGAUUCGGGAGAAGGGGGUCAGCCCCUUAUCCAUGGGGGCCCCAUGGCCGACAGGUUCACACCUUGGGGCGGCCUGCAGGAUCAAGAAGACGAUCAACUCGUACGUCGACGCGCUAGGUGACCCCAAGUGGUUCGAAGAGUUCAUUCUUGGAGCGGUCCACGCCUUGCACAGGCGCUACCAGAAGCACAAGCCCAGCAUAAUUGGGAAGUGCUCUUUUGAGGUGCAAUUGGCUUACACUCAGGUGGACAAUCGGCUUGCUGCGUUGAUUACCCUGCACAAAACCAUUAAAUCAUGGAUUGAGGCCCAAGUGGAUAUGCUCUUGCAGGAGACGCUGGCGCCGUUCUCCGUCAUGGUCUCCUACUUCCUCCACUCGGACAGCGCCAUGUCGGAGGAACUCAACAUCAUCUUGACCUAUGCCACGUUCCAGGGGAUGUCGCUCAAGCUGGAGUCGGUCGCGCACGCGAUCGAGACAUUCGACGUUAGCAUUCUCACCCACAUCAGCGAGCUCGCGAAGGCCAAGCCCGAGGAGCCAGCUCCAGAAGCUACGCCCGCUGUAAAGGCUGAGGAGGGGAGCACGGCCACGGCCAGCGCUGGCACGGGCACCAAAAGGGGGAAGACCGCUAAGGAGUCGAUCAAGCGAGCUGGGGAGGAGCUCAAGCAGCGAGCCGCCAUUGGCCAGACCCCGAUCUAUCACCUCUCCGUCAUGGUGUCGGAGGCUGUUCGGACAUGGAUCACCGAGCUUCCCGAGUGGUGGAUUAAGGACGAGUUGAAGGCCUACGACCUCGUAGUCGAGAUCGAAGUGAUCGUUAAGCAAUGGGACGCCAAGGAGAGGAACAUGCGGACCGACCUGGAGGACGACACGAGCUUCGCUGUCAUCGCGAAGUGCGCUCACCACACGGAGUCCGCCAGGCCUUCCUCGAGCGACGCGCGGCACGCCAGGAGGGUGAUCCUCGACCAGGUUCGGCAGCCGAGCUCUCCUGCGUCGGAGCUCGCGCGCACGCUGCAGGCAUGCCCAGUGGGCAAGGCGAUGAUGGAGGCCAGCCGCCUGCACGUGGCUCAGAGCAUCGAGGACGACGCGGCGACGGGAAAGUUCGAGGCCUCGUCAAAGCGUUUCGAGAGCCACUUCGCGGAGUGCUUUGACGAUUUGCCGCAGUGGAUCGCCAGGAUGCGCCGCAUCUCUGUCGAGGAUGGCUUCGGCUUCAUCGACGACCUCUUCAAGAACAUGUGCCCUUUCUUCGCGAGCGCGCACGGUGCCAUGCAGAAGUGGUCCGCGGCGUCGGUGCACUCGAACCUCGACUACAUGGCGAGCAACCUGUCGAACUCAAUGGACCUCAUCAGGAUCGGCAGGCACAUGCUCAUCGACAUAUGGGGCGAGCUCGUUCUGCCUAUAUUGCCGACGCUCAGCGACGCGCUACUAGCGCGCACUAACGGGUACGAUAUUCAGGGGGGUGAUGAUGGGCACCCUUUGAUGGAUAUGGAUCAGAAGUCCGAGCACGAUGAGGCCAUCACGGAGGUGAAGGCAUCACACGAUAAGACCAUCGAGCACUUCUCCGCGACGGCGGUCCUCGUCAAGGAAAGCAUCACCAGCUUCGGCAACACCCUGACGGACAUCAACACCAGGUGGGAGAACGCCAAGGUGGCCUUACUCGGUCGCGUGGGCGAGGCUAUCUACGAUAAGUUGCCUGAGGAGUUCGUCUCUAACCCAGUCAAGCUUCAGAGCUCCAUCGGGCAUGCCACUGACCUGCUGAAGGAGAUGCUCACAUUCAUGGAGUACUGCGUGAAACUUACGGAUAUGAAGGCACAUGUCAUGCAGAUCGCUGAGCAGCAGGAGGAGUUCACGAACACUGUGGUCAAGUUUGCGGGCAUGUUGAACUGGAUGAUUCGGGAGAUCUUCGAGUUCGAUGCCGACAGCUUGGCCACCGAUCAGUGCCGCGUCCUGAAGGUGAGCGAUGUCUUCAGGCAGUUCGUCAACGACGGGCGCGCUCGUCGGGGGGCUUCUCGCCCAGGCACGCCCAUCUACACCGACGCCGCCGACAACUUUGUCAAUGGCCUGCUCGCGGAGAUCGCCCCCAAGCUCAGCUUCGGACUCGGCGAGGUCAGCGAGAGCGUCGUGCGAGAGAUCGCCCAGGAGCAGGCUUUCGCCAGGCUGGUCACUGACGCCGACAUCACUGCCGUCCUGCUGCCAGGCGUUGCAUGGGCUGACGGCUCUCAGAUCGACGAUGCAGCUGUAGAGGCGGUUCCGUACAACAAGGCGUUCUCAGACUUGGUGUCAUUCAUGCAGGCAGGUUCCAUUAGCGACAUCUUGAUCCCAGGCGCCUCUAAAGACGGCCUCGAGGCUCGCAUGCCAGUGGAUCUUGCGAAGCUGUACUUGGACAUCGUGACGCAGGUGAAGGACUUGGUGGGGAUCGCAGCGCAGCUGCACUCGAACCUCUACAUGGACCAGAAGGCGAGCGAGGAGGACAUGUUCGACAAGGCGCUGGCACGCAUGGACAAGCUCCUGAGCUCGAAGGAGGUCCACGAGUUCGAGAAGCAGGGCUGGGCGCUGACCGUCACCCCUCAGAGCGCGAGGCAGUGGAUCAGCGCGCUCGCAGUCUACUCGUGCAGCUGCCGCAACCAGCUGUUCAAGAACUUGGAGGCGGUCCUCCAGUGCCACUCCAAGGCGUGCAAAGGGAUACUUCCAGAGCUCGACGCGGCGGUCGACUCGAGCGGACGCUUCAACGAGAAGCUCGGCCUCAAGCUGUUCAACAACCAGCAGGGCGUGGUGAACGCCUACAACAAGGUGCAUAAGAGCAUGUCACACCUGGUCAGGGCGGGCAAGCUCCUGGAGUUGGUGCCUACCGUGGCCGAGCACGACCUGACGGCGGAGGCCGUCGCGACGGGCGUCACGUGCAUGGCCAUCGGCCUUGCAAAGGGGCGCGCUGCGCCACCUGGGGCGAAGGCGAACCAGGUCGUGGCGAUGACCCGCGGCGUGCAGAUGCUGGAGGAUCUCAAGACAUCCCCGACGGGCCCUGCGAGGGCCGCGGCGUUCCUGGAGCGCUACAAGACGGACAAGGCGAAGGACGUGCCCACGUGCUUCUGGGCGGAGUUCGAGGCGAUCUCGGCAGAGGAUCGUGGCGCGCCAGCCGCGGUCGGCGCCGAGGCUCCGCCUGCCGCCGAUGGCUCCGGCGGCUGCUGUGGAGGGGCGGCGCGCGCGGCCAGCGGCAGCCAGUGCUACACGCCCCAGCCAAAGGGCACGGGGCCGCCGAGCCAGGGCACGGCGACCAAGACCAAGCAGGAGCAGCACGACAGCGGCGGGGCGUCGAGCUCAGCCGCGGGCGCCAAGCGUGGCGCGCCAAGCUCCAGGCCAGCUGGCCUGAAGCGCGCGAAGCGCUAG